AUACCACUCCGACACUUAUAAAUUUAAUGAAAGUAGUACCAAGAAUUUUGGGUUGCCAAAAUAAUAACAUUAUGCAAGUAAUAGACAAUCAAUGGCGGUGUCUUUCUUUCUUAGUUUCCCUUUUGCCUAAAGAUGUUGGAAAACCAGAUAUUUGCACUGACAAAUUUUGGAACCAAAUUUUAGACUAUAAUAAUGCUGUUGGAAAAUCUGAAUUCCAUAAAUUGGCUACAUUUGCUCUUGACAUACUGAGUUUGCCACAUUCAAAUGCAGAUUGUGAACGAAUUUUUAGUCAAAUCAAUAUGAUGAAGACAAAAUACAGAAAUAAAUUGAAAAUUGAAACAGUCAAUGGAUUAUUACUAGCAGCUGAGUACGUGAAACAAUCCGGAGAGGAAAAUUGUAUUACAUUUCAACCAACAAAUGAAAUGUUACAGAAGAUGACAUCUAUUGUUUUAUAUCCACGAAAAAAAAAACAAGAAGAGGCAAUAAACGAGGACAGUGAAACAGAAAUUUUUUUUUAAUGAUAAAUUGUUUCAAAAUUAAAUAUUUUAUUCU